AUAUAUUUGAUACUUAUAAAACUAAAGGUGAAUUACAAGCACUAACACUAUUACGUGAAAUUGGAGGUUGUUUUAUUUCUCAGAAACCUAUUUUACCAAAUGGUGAUGGUAAAAUAGAUUUACAAGGAUAUCGAAAAUAUACUUAUUAUGUAAUACAAAUCAAGUUUUAUAAAAAUCAAGUCUCGGAUUAUGAAGAAAAAAAAAUUGAUAAAUUUGUCCAAUUUUUAAAUGUGGUUAAUGAAGAUUAUCCAAAUGUUAAUGCUAUUUUUUGUAAUACUUUUGGAAUAGAAAUAUAUAAGGAUUAUAAUAAAAAUAAUAGAGUAUUUUUUGUUGAUUCAAUCAAAGAAAUUAUUAAAUUGAUUAAAAAAGAAGAUAUUGAAAAAUAUUUAAAUGAUAUGAAUGAAAAGUCUAUAAAAUUAUACCCAGUCAAUCAUGAAUUCAAAUUUCCCUUCGAAUUAAAAGAAAAUGAAAAUGAAAUAGGAUAUUUAGGAAUAGACUUUGUUAGAUUUUAUGGUUCUAAGCAUCCAAUUUCAAUAAGAAAUGAAAGUUCAAUAGAGAAAGGUAAUAAUGAUAAAUUAAAUAAUGAUAAAUUUAAAUUAUUAGAAAGAUAUUAUCAAGAAUUUUUCGAUGCCAUAUCUGCAUAUUUACAACCCGAUUAUUUGGGAAUUUUUAUAGUCUAUAAAUCAUUUUAUAAUGAUAAAAAUAUGGACAAAUAUCUACAUUAUGCACUUGUUGAUCAGGAAAUUAUUCUUUGCACAAAAGCAAAUAUUUCUGAAAAAGUUGCUAAAUAUUUUGAAUAUGAUUCAGAAUUUGAAAUAAGAUAUUCUAUGAAACGAAAGUUUGAUAAGUUGGAAAAUAAAAAUAAAGAAUUAAAAAAUGAGAACGAUGAGUUGAAAAAUAAAAUCGAAGAAUUAAAAUAUGAAAGAAAAAAAUUUAAAAAGAAGAUCGAUGAGUUGGAAAAUAAAAGAAAAAAAUUUAAAAAGAAGAUCGUGAGUUAG